UUUCAUUUUAAAAUGUCCAAUAAAGUUGGCAACAAUUGGCCCCAGACAGCCUUUGUAGCUACAAAUUGAUUAUAUCAGAAUCAGACUUUAUUAAAUACGUGUGCACAUACUACAUAAUACUUUAACUCCAUCAUUUUGCAUCUCUUUUGAUAUAUAUGAUAAGCUAUAGUAUUUAAAACCUUCUUAAACGUGUAGAUGAGUGAAAUCCAAAAACUGUGUCAUCCCUCCUGUGGUUUAAGUUGUGAAAUGUGUUUGUUUAUUCGUGCCAAAUGCUCUUCUUAUCAGUCGCUCUGAUUUGUUUCUUGGGUUCAACUGUCCCUUCCAGCAGAAGAAGUUCACACAAACUGCUCUGCUUCAGCGGCGCACCGGUUGGUGUUAUCUCUUGUGAUUCUGUCAUAACAGUUGAGUCACUCCGGCUCAAAUCCACCUGCAGAUUUUCCUGUGCCAGUAACUUUACUGAGUGAAACACACAGGAGUGUUUGGGCUGAUAAGCGCAAGACGUCCCUGUUAAAUGUUUGUGAGGAUAAAAGAGCCACCGAAUGAUAUGAUAAGAUAAAUGAUUAAACUGCCUGUCUCUGUCCACACCAACCAGCGUCGGGUCGUGACGAUAUCAGUGUUUUGCUCUUAGUUGUUACUAGUCUUAUAAUGUGACAACAAUGUCUUCUAAAGCAAUGACAUGCUGUGUGUCCCAACAGGACUUGAGGCCCAGAUGGACGGUGCUGGACUCCCUGCUGUGUGGGGCAUUCGCUGGAGCAAUCGCCAAAACAGUCAUAGCACCUCUGGAUCGGACCAAGAUCAUUUUCCAAGUGUCCACCAACAGAUUCUCAGCUAAGGAGGCCUUCAGGCUCAUCUACUGCUCUUACAUGAAGGACGGGCUGCUCAGCCUGUGGAGGGGGAACUCUGCCACCAUGGUGAGGGUCAUGCCCUACGCUGCCAUCCAGUUCUGCUCUCAUGACCAGUACAAAAAACUACUGGGGGGCUACUACGGCUACCAGGGGAAAGCUCUGCCUCCUUUCCAACGCUUCCUGGCUGGCUCUCUGGCCGGCACCACCGCUGCAAUGCUCACCUAUCCUCUGGACAUGGUGCGAGCCAGGAUGGCAGUCACAGCCAGAGAAAUGUACAGCAACAUCAUGCACGUCUUUGUGCGGAUCUCCCAAGAGGAGGGCGUCAGGACCCUUUACAGAGGCUUCACUCCCACUAUCAUGGGUGUCAUUCCAUAUGCAGGGAUCACAUUCUUCACAUACGAGACCCUCAAGAAGCUGCACACAGAAAAGACUAAGCGACCCCAGCCGUACCCACUUGAGCGCCUGGCUUUUGGGGCCUGCGCUGGCCUUAUUGGACAGUCCGCCUCGUACCCUCUGGACGUGGUGCGUCGCCGCAUGCAAACGGCCGGCGUCACCGGCUGGUCGUACGGCACAAUUCUGGGGACCAUGCGUGAGAUCGUAGCGCAGGAGGGAGUCGUACGUGGACUGUACAAAGGCCUGAGCAUGAACUGGAUUAAAGGACCCAUCGCCGUGGGAAUCAGCCUCAGCACGUUUGACAUCACGCACAGCCUUCUGCUCAAACUGCAUCAGAUGGGCUACUUCGCCCACUGAGACCCAUUUGGGGCAAGAAAAGCGAGAAAAAAGAGCUCAGACUGACUGUGAGGGAGGUGGUUAACCCUGUCACAUGGCAGCAAUGAGGGGCCGUCCAGCUGCACGCUCCUGUUCUUCAGACCGGAGGACCAGAGAUCUGUUGUGCACAAAGAAACACAGUUCCUCACACUUACGUAAACGCAUAGUCGGGAUUCACUAACGGAGAAGGAGCGAGAGAGGAGGCCGGGAAAAGUCUUUAAAUCGUUGUUCACUCAAUCACGACUUUGUUUUCAAAUCACGUUGCCGUCGAGGCGAAAGUGAUGAACAGAGCAACAGUGGAUCGAGAAAAGAUUAGUUCUCGAUGGACAAUAUGGAGCACUUUGUGUCGUGUUAAUAAGAUAAUGCUUGCACUUUACUAGACCUACAAGAGAGAACUUGAGUUUUAUUGCUUUUAAUUUGGUGAGAAAUUUUAUUUUAAUUUGAAUCAAGUUGCUUUGUUUUCCUUUUGAUCGUUUGAAAUGAGCCGAUGAGCUGAUUAUGCAAGGGUAUGCUUUGUAAUGAAAGGGCGAUUAUGCAAUAUGUUUUGUUUUCAUCUCUAGUUAUACGACGGUGCCGCUGUGGGUUUGAGAUUAACCGGGCGAUGGAUUGCAGGAGGGUGAUCAAGUCAGUAGGACUGCACACUUUCACUGUCCGUCCUGCAGUGAGGAGGCGUUGUAUUGUAUUAAUAUGUCUAAUAAGUGGGCUCAAAUCAAAUGUAUGACAAAUAAAUCUAUAUAUACACAACAAGAGUUUGUUUUAUGUGCAUAUUAUUAAGAUGUCAUUGUUGUGCAGCAGACACUUCAAGGAGUUGUUUGCCUGAAAAUGUUUAAAAAUGUCCAAAGCACUUCAAUCAAUUCUACGUUUCCUGUGAAUGAUUUGAUUUUCACUGCUGAUGUACAUUUGAAAUCUACAGUGUUUCCUUUCACAGCUGUGAACAAUGAGUCCUUUUGUCCACUUGAGGGCGUCAUGUGAUAAGCAAAGCUAAUCGCACCAUCAGCGACAUUACAACUGCUCUUAAUUUAGGCUAGGAAUGGUUACAAUGAUAUUGUACUGAAAGCACAAAGAUCUUCAAUUUGUAAUGUUAUGAUCACUGACUUUUAUUUGCAUUGUCACGUGGUCUUAAUUACAUAACCAUUCUAUCAAUGACAGGUUGUUUUUUACACUUAUUUCCCUCAAAGCCGGUGAUAUUUAAGAUAAACUUAAACUGUUAAUAAGUGAUUACAUCCAAUAUAUAAUACGUAAUGUAAAAUGACAGCAUAAAUACAGUUUCAUUUGAUGAAUCACACU